AGCAGCUCAGCCUGGUGCUCAACAUACAGGAUCUCUCGCUCAUCCCACUAACUGUAGAGUCAUCGCCUCGGUCCCGGGCACCUGGGCACUCGACUCGCAGUGUCUCUUCGAACGGACGAUUCUUUCUGGGCGUCGCCCGUCAACUCGCCAGUCGUCGAACGCGAUCAGGGGCAAGCGCAGAGCCAGAGCGAUCAGACCGGAAGUGCGGGAAAGGCAAUGUCCAGUGCUGCGGCUACUGGUGCUGGAGGUCCCGGGGUUGAUGGGGAUGCGGGAUCUGUCAUAGGUGGAAACGACGAGGGGAAGAUGUUGGCCGAGGCGCUCGCAACGGUCAAGAUACAGCUAGUUCAGAUGAAGCGGUGUUUGGAAAAUGACCAGCUGAUGGAUGCGCUCAAGAGCGCAAGUACUAUGCUGAGUGAGCUCAGGACAAGCAGCUUGUCCCCUAAGCAAUACUAUGAGCUUUAUAUGGCCGUAUUCGAUGCGCUGCGACAUCUGUCUAACUACCUGUUCGAUGCGCACGUCUCGGGCAAGCACCACCUUGCGGACCUAUACGAGCUCGUCCAAUACGCAGGCAACAUCGUCCCCCGGCUCUAUCUCAUGAUCACGGUUGGGAGCGUAUACAUGAGCAUUCCCGACGCGCCGGUGAAGGAGAUCAUGAAGGAUAUGAUGGAGAUGAGCAGGGGUGUGCAGCAUCCCACACGUGGUCUGUUCUUGAGACAUUAUCUGAGUGGGCAGACGAGGGAUCACCUUCCUAUCGGGAACUCAGAGGGGCCGGAAGGGAACCUGAAAGACUCGAUUGGGUUUGUACUCACGAACUUCAUCGAGAUGAACAAGCUGUGGGUGAGACUGCAGCAUCAGGGUCACUCGAGGGAGCGUGAGAAGCGCGAGGUGGAGCGAAAAGAGCUGCGGAUCCUCGUCGGCACCAACCUUGUCCGGCUUUCGCAGCUCGAGGGCGUCGAGUUCGAGACGUAUCGCACAACCAUCCUGCCCAGCAUACUCGAGCAAGUCGUCAACUGCAAGGAUGUGAUCGCCCAGGAGUACCUGAUGGAGGUCGUCAUACAAGUGUUCACGGACGAGUUCCAUCUGCAUACUCUGAGCCCCUUCCUCUCCGCCGUCGCCCAGCUCCACCCGAAGGUGAACAUAAAGGGCAUCGUGAUCGCCCUGAUCGACAGGCUCGCGUCGUACGCUGCCAGGGAAGCGGAGAACGAGGACCCGGCAGAGACGAAGCGGCAGGAAGAGGAGGCAGCGCACCGGCUAGCUGAGAAGGUCAAGGACCAGAAGGCACGGGCGCGUGCUGCGUUAGAGGCGAACGGACAUGGAUCUCCCCCUCCGGCUGUACAGGCAGGCGCGAACGAGUGGGGCGGCAGCGCUGUCAACCCUGAGGAGAAGCCGCAACCUGCACCUCCGGUCAAUGGCUCCGACGCCAAGAGCGACAAGGGUAAGGAGAAGGAAGCUCCGCCGGCUGCAACACGCAAGUUCCGCGGUAUACCAGAGGACGUCAAGCUCUUCGAAGUGUUCUGGGAACAGAUCGUGAACCUCAUCAAGGCCCGGCCGGAUCUGUCCAUCACCGAUAUCACAGCACUUCUUGUGUCCCUGAUCAACUUGAGCUUGUCAUGCUACCCGGACCGGUUGGAGUACGUGGACCAGAUCCUGGGCUUUGCCAGGGGGAAAAUGCAAGAGUUCCAGGAGAGCCCGGACCUGCUCAUCCCAGCAACGACAGCCAACCUGCUGUCCCUGCUCCUCGCGCCGAUCAAUUCUUACCAGAGCGUGCUCACCCUCCUCGCUCUACCGAACUACACUUCCCUGCUCCAACUGCAAGCCUUCACCACCAGGCGCGCGAUCGCCCACGCCAUCGUCUCCUCCGUACUGAAGAACGAAACCGUGAUCGACACGCCCGAAGACGUGGCAGGCGUGCUCCAACUGUGUCACGUGCUUGUCAAAACCCAGCCCGACGCGAUACCCUCUCCACUAGCCAAGCAGAUGGGUGCAGGCAGGCAGGGUGUAGACGUUGAGGAGAUGGCGGAGGAACAGGGAUGGGUAGCCAGGAUGGUACACCUCUUCAGGGCGGAGGACCUGGAUGUGCAGUUCGAGCUAUUGCAGGAGGCAAGGCGUCAUUUCAGUGAGGGUGCGGAGAGGAUACGCUUCACUUUCCCUCCGCUGAUCAAUGCUGCUAUCAAACUGGCACGGCGGUACAAGCGAGUCGAAGGCGAAGACGACGAGUGGACGAACAAGCUUACGAGUCUGUUCAAGUUCAUCCACCAGAUCAUUUCUGUCAUGUACAACCGCGUGGAAGCGUCUGACAUCUCCCUCCGCCUCUUCCUCCUCGCCGCCCAGGUCUCGGACGACUGUGGCUUCGAGGAGCUCACGUACGAGUUCUACGUCCAGGCGUUCACGAUAUAUGAAGAGUCUAUUUCUGAGAGCCGGGCGCAGCUGCAGGCUAUCACCCUCGUCAUGGGCACACUACAGCAAUCCAAGGUCUUCAGCACGGACAACUACGACACGCUCAUCACCAAGGCUGCGCUGCACGGCGCCAAGCUGCUGAAGAAGAGUCAUCAGGCGACAGCUGUCGGGCUUGCUAGCCAUCUCUGGUGGCAGGCAGACAUACCUAAGCAUGCGGAGGAAGAGGGCGAAUCACAUGAACCGCUCCGGGACGGGAAUCGCGUGCUUGAAUGUCUGCAGAAGACGCUGAGGAUUGCGAGCUCAUGUUAUGAGGAGAUCAUCAGCGUACAGCUGUAUGUCCAGGCAUUGGAUCAGUAUCUUUACUAUUUUGACCGCGAUGUGGAGGCUGUUACACCGAAGUAUAUCAACUCACUUGUGGAGCUGAUUACGUCCAACAUCGACGCCAUCAGCUCCUCCGACUUCCAUCCUACGUCCCGCGCACCACCUGGCUUGAUCGAAGGCGUCCACACCGCCGAUAUGAUCACGCGCCAUUUCCGCAACACGUUACUAUACGUGCGUUCAAAGAAGGAAUCGGGCGUCGGACGCUGGAGCGAGGUAGACAUCGCUGGUGCUUUGCUUAAAAUGAACGUUGCCCAGUAGAGCCUACCUGACGACGAUGUGUUUAUGUUGUUUGUUUCCUAUUGUACCUUAUACGGAGCCCUCUAGGUUUGGUAAAUAUACCUUCGG